CGUCAUCAGACAUUUAUCGUGCCACAUUCCCCAAACGGCGCGAGUGCUAAACCGUUCUCGGUUUAUUUUCUCUACAGUUGUCUGCUGUUGCAUUGGACCAUACGGCUGCUUUUGGUUCUAAUCUUCCUCCAGCCGUCUGCAGAAAGUUUGUUACCUUGAAGAGAUCCCUGGUCGGCAGCUAAAGAAAGCAGCCCGGUCAGUUGGUCAAGCCUGUGGAUUUCUUCUGGCACUUGCGCUGUCUUGUGAAACUAAAACAUGGGGAAGCAGAACAGCAAGCUCCGCCCUGAGGUGAUGCAGGACCUGCUGGAGAGCACAGACUUUACGGAGCAUGAGAUCCAGGAAUGGUACAAAGGCUUUCUACGGGACUGUCCCAGUGGCAACCUCUCCAUGGAGGAAUUUAAGAAAAUCUACGGAAACUUCUUCCCUUAUGGAGACGCCUCAAAGUUUGCUGAGCAUGUGUUCCGUACUUUUGACGCGAAUGGCGACGGCACAAUAGACUUCCGGGAGUUCAUAAUUGCAUUGAGUGUCACGUCACGAGGGAAGCUGGAACAAAAGCUCAAGUGGGCGUUUAGCAUGUAUGAUUUGGAUGGAAACGGAUACAUCAGCAAGUCGGAGAUGCUUGAGAUUGUGCAGGCGAUUUAUAAGAUGGUGUCAUCAGUGAUGAAGAUGCCAGAGGAUGAGUCCACACCUGAGAAGAGAACAGAGAAGAUCUUCAGACAAAUGGACACCAACCGAGAUGGAAAACUGUCUCUGGAGGAGUUCAUCAAAGGGGCGAAGAGUGACCCAUCCAUCGUGCGUCUGCUACAGUGUGACCCCAGCAGUGCAGGACAGUUCUGAGAGCAGCCUCAUGCUUCGACCUUUUAUUUAUUUAUGGGUUUUAAUUUAGUUUUUGAUAUAGUCGCAGGGAAGUGAUGGCGGGUCAGGUGUUUUUUCCAGAGUAGGGCAUCUGGGUCUCAUCAGACUGAGCUUGGCCAGAUCUAGUAACACACAGACACACACAGAGUUAUUGGCUGUGCUAUCUCUGCAAGAGGCCUGUGAUGGAGUGAAUCGGGGAACUAGAGCGUUCAUCUGAGCUCCAAUCACUUCCUUCCUGAUUAGAAUAGAGCUUUCAAUGUCAUGUAAAAUACAUAGUUUUAUUUUCUCUGGGUAUUAGAUGCAACAGUUUAAGCGUGACCAAGACAGGGAUUUAAGAUGGGAAAUAAUUCAUGCACCCAGUAGAAGAGAAUAUUUUGUUCCUAAUUCUUUUCUUCUUCUUUUUUUUAUGUAUAAAUCUGAUGCCUGAAUCAUUGUUCAAACAUGACAGCAGUGGCAUCACUAGUUUUUGUUAAACACCUCAGCCUUAGUGAUCUAAAUAUCGGGGAAGUUUUUAACUUUAUUUAGAUUAGAUUAUAUAGUUUGGUUUCUCUCAACUCAACUUCUCUCAACUUUAUUAUUGGCAGAUCACAGUAUUAUCCCAUGGGACCAAUAAAUCAGGCAUGUAGAUUUUGUAAUUGUACAUGGAAGUUUCCUCGCGUUAUGCUUCCGAUCUGAAGAGCCUUAUUAGUGCUGGAAGCGCACAUUCGAUUUAGUGUGGAUUAGUCUGGUUUUGGUCGUACAGUCUACUGUUCGAAUGACAUGAAUUGAACUGCGUACUCUUUUUCCAGUUUUCUAAUGUUUGUACUCUAGUAACUGUAGGCCUGUAUAUAAAUCUGAAGUAUCAGACACGCAUGCAAAACUGUACGCAAGAGUUCCAUCUUAGGAUGCAGCGAUGGGUUUAUUGACGUUUUUAGCAAAAGCAUGUAACAUCAAGUGUAUCUGCAUUUGUGGACAGGAGAGUAUUUGUGUGAUUUGUAUGCACGUGUUGUGGUGAAUAUCAGUUACAGCCCUGUUCGCUCACCCUGGUUAUAGGUGUCGUGAUGCAUCUUUUGCAUUAUCGCAGAACGUUUUUGUUACUGAACAAGAACUAAAGCUUUAUUGGUUCAAAGCUUCUUUGAUUUUUAGAAUCACUUUUAUCUUUAUCUCUGGAUUGUACACAUGAGCAUCAAGUUACUGAAUUGCCUUAAACGCACUCAAUGUUUCUGUGGGUGAGUGGUUUUUAUAUGGCUUUUUUUUUUUCUUUUAAAUCAAGCUUAAGUUGCAGUAAAUUUGCUUGCUUUUGAAAUGAUAAUCCUUCACAUGUUGGAGAGUUUAACUAUGCUCUUCAUUCACUAUGAAGACUUUAACUAUGCUUCCCAUUCACCCCUUGAACAGAUGUAAUUAUGUUGACAGCCUCUUACUGAAUCACUCAUUUCAAAAUGACAUGAAGUGUGUAAAUGGUAAUAGGACCCCAUUGCUUUUCAAAUGCCCCUUGCACUCAUGUGGUACCUAUACUCGUGUCCAUUUCACUUGAAUUCAACAGAAGGUAGAAAGCAUUUAUUCAGAACUCCUAAUAGUUCCCAUAUCACCCUCUGUCGUGCUUUUAGUAAUCAUGCCGAAGCCACAUAGAUCCACACUCCUCCUCCUGCUCCUGCUGAUGUCCAGUGUUCUUGGUGUCCCUGUGAACGUCAAAUGCCUCACCGCAGUGCAUUUGGUUCUGCUAUACUGUUAAUGAACAUAAUUGAAUGUUUUUAUCAUUUUAUUUUAAUCUUUGAACAACUGCUGUUUUGUAAAAAUAUUGAAAAAAGAAAAGUGGCAGGUCAAAACUGCUCUAUUUCAUGUUCGAUGCAUAUUUUAUGUAGUUUUUCGUUCUUUUUUUGUUCUUUUUAAACAUCUGACGUAACAUUUCUGUAUCACAAUUAUAUCGUGGUCAGGUGCCAAAAAUAUGAAUGCAGUAUUGUAUAAAUUUAUACUGUACAAUUGUUAUUUGUUAAACAAAUUGUUUGUAAUUGUUGCAUUUUGUAGAUUUUGUAUGGUAAUCUGUAUUUUGUGACUGUAGAUUUGAGACAUAGAAAUUUGUUUUGGUUAUCAUAUUGAGCAGAAAUUAAAUCUGGAGAGAACGGA